UCUCGACGACAAAAGGCGAGCUUUUCGGAGCGGGGAGCGUUCACGGGAGGGCAAUUGUAAAGAGGUAUAGCACCUGCGAACGAAUUCAGCGGACCUACGCCCCAUAAAACCAAGAAAGAAACCGAUAGACAUGGCCGGAAUCUGCAGAAGUCGGUUGGCCGAGGAGCGGAAACAGUGGAGAAAGGAUCAUCCUUUCGGCUUCGUCGCGCGGCCGGAGAAGGCAGACGAUGGAUCUUUGAAUCUGCUGGCCUGGGAAGUUGAGAUCCCAGGACGGAAAGACACAAUUUGGGAGGGCGGCGUCUACAAGCUCAAGAUGAUGUUUCCGGAAGAAUAUCCGAGCAAACCUCCGAAGUGCAAGUUUACGCCUCCGUUGUUCCACCCAAAUGUGUUUCCCUCGGGCACUGUGUGCCUUUCCAUCCUUGAUGAGGAAAAGGCUUGGAAACCGGCAAUUACAAUCAAGCAGAUCCUUCUCGGCAUUCAAGAUCUUCUUAACAACCCAAAUCCGGAAGAUCCUGCCCAGACCGAUGCUUUUGAGACAUUCAAGAGGGACAAGCAGCAGUAUGAACGGAGAGUACGACAGCAGGCCAAGGAGAUGGCAAAGACGGGGUGAGACGUCAUCGUUAUCAUUAUUCCGCUGGCAUUCCUCUCGGCUUCAAUACAAUCUUUUCUCACGCUGCUCCAAUUUGUAAUGGUCUGAGUCCCUAUGUCACCCGCCAUCAGAGCGCCUUUUACUCGUACAAACAUUCACGAACUCCAUUACCAGCCUCUUUCAAAUCGGUAUCAUAUUGUACUACUGUAUCCUCUAAGACAUC